GGAGCCGCGGACAUGGAGGAGGACCAGGAGGUGCCCCUCGUCAGCAUGGACUCUCUGCUGGAGCAGGCGAUGCACAAGGACCUGGGUAGGAGGCUCCAGGUGGGGCCGGACCUCCUGGAGAUCAUCCUGGACCCGGAGCGGUGUCCCGAGCUGGAGCAGGACCAGAGCUCCCUGGACAGGAUGGUGGACUCGGUGGCCAGCUCCUGGGUCAACUCCAGCAACUUCAAGGUGGUUUUGUUGGGGAUGGACAUUCUGUCGGCUCUCGUCACUCGACUGCAGGAGAGAUUCAGGACUCAGGUUGGAACUGUUCUGCCGAGUCUCAUCGACCGACUCGGAGACUCCAAGGACCAAGUUCGAGACCAGGACCAAGCGCUGCUGCUGAAGAUCAUGGACCAGGCCGCCAACCCUCAGUACGUGUGGGAGCGGAUGAUGGGCGGCUUCAAACACAAGAACAACAGGACCAGAGAAGGACUCUGUCUGUGUCUCAACUCAACAUUAAGCGUGUUUGGAUCUCAGAGUCUGACGCUGAGUAAAAUAGUUCCUCACAUCUGUAACCUCCUCGGAGAUCCAACCAGUCAGGUGCGUGACGGAGCCAUGAGCUGCCUCAUCGAGAUCUACCGCCACGUGGGCGAGCGAGUGAGGAUGGACCUGGGAAAGAAAGGUCUGCCUCAGUCAAGGCUCAACGUCAUCUUCAGCAAGUUUGACGAAGUCCAGAGGUCGGGGAACAUGGUCCUGUCUCCUGUGUCGGACAAAAACUUUGAGGAAGAUGACUCGGUGGACGCCGGCCGCUCCUCGUCCUCGUCCAAAGGAGCGUUGCAGUCUGGGAAGAAGACGGUGAGCAUGGGCUCAUUCCGCCGCCCGCCCUCCGCCGCCAGCGCCAAGUCUGCAGGGAGGGACGCUGCAGCCGGAGCCGUGGACGAGGACUACAUCAUCCAGGCCUUUGAAGACGUCCCCACGGUGCAGAUCUACUCCAACAGGGAGGUGGAGGAGGCCAUGACGAAGAUCCGAGACGUGCUGUCCGACGACAAGAAGGACUGGGAGCUCCGAGUGGCGGCGCUGAAGAAGGUGCGGUCGCUGCUCCUGGCCGGCGCUCCGGAGUUCGACGGCUUCCUGCAGCAGCUGCGUCUCACGGAGCCGGCGUUCAAGCUGUCCGCCAAGGACCUCCGCUCCCAGGUGGUGAGGGAGGCCUGCAUCACUCUGGGGCACCUGUCCCUGGUGCUCGGCAGCCGCUUCGACCACGCUGCCGAGGCCGUGAUGCCCAUCCUCCUCAACCUGCUCCCUAACAGUGCCAAGAUCAUGGCCACCUCGGGCAUCGCCGCCAUCCGCCUCAUCCUCAGACACACUCAUUAUCCACGACUCAUCCCCAUCAUCACCAGCAACUGUCUCUCCAAAUCUGUGGCGGUGCGAAGACGCUGCUUCGAGUUCCUGGACCUGCUGCUGCAGGAGUGGCACACCAGCUCCCUGGAGAGACAUGGAUCCGUUCUGAUGGAGACGUUGAAGAAAGGAAUCCACGAUGCCGACGCCGAGGCUCGGGCGGGGGCCAGAAAGUGCUACUGGUCGUUCCACGGUCACUUCAGCCGGGAGGCGGAGCAGCUGUUCCAGGGCCUGGAGUCGUCCUAUCAGAAAGCUCUGCAGGCUCACCUGAGGAGCGGAGACAGCCCCAUGUCGCAGCCCACCUCCGACCGCUCCUCCUCCUCCUCCCAGGAGAGCCUCAAUCGCCCUCUGCCGGUGAAGAGCAGCGUUGGAAGCACCAAACCUCACCAGGCCUCCCGGACGCCGGCGGCAGCCUCCUCUCCCGGUGCCCUGCAGCGCUCCCGCAGCGACGUGGACCUGAACGCCGCCGCCAGCGCCACGGCUCGAACCCGGAUGACCUCAGCCCCCUCCUCCUCCUCCUCCCCCUUCAGCUCGGCCUCCGCCCUCCCCCCCGGGUCCUACGCCUCCCUGGGUCGAGUUCGAACCCGCAGGACGAGUUCAGGAAACGCUCCGUCUGUGACAGACAGCCGGGGGCGGAGCCGGGGGAAGGUCGUCUCACAGUCCCAACGUGAUCUCGUCCUCUGUGUCUCAGCCGGCAGUCGCUCCGGUUCCCCGGGUCGAGUCCUGAGCUCCGGCUACGGCAGAACCCCGAGACCGGCGAUGGGCCCGGCCGCCGGCAGCGCCUCCACCAGUCUGACCGAGAAGGGUCGACCCAGAGGUCACCGCAGCCAGGGCUGCAGCCGAGAGACCAGCCCCACCAGAUCAGGCCUGGCCCGGAGUCGAAUCCCCCGACCGAGCAUGAGUCAGGGCUGCAGCCGCGAAACCAGUCGCGAGAGCAGCCGUGACACCAGCCCCGCCCGGGGCUUCUCCCCCCUGGCGACUCGCCGUCACUCCCGCUCCACCAGCGCUCUGUCCUCAGCAGAGUGUUACUCAGACCGACUGGCCCAUCAGGCUCGGAUCUCGGCCUCGGUCGACGCCAUGAGGAUCCUGAACACCGGCACCGAGGUGGAGGCGGCGGUGGCCGACGCGCUGCGGAGGCCGGUGCGGCGGCGCUUCGAGUCUCCGGGCGUCUACUCAGACGAUGAUGCUAACAGCGACGCCUCCAGCGCCUGCUCCGAGCGCUCGUACAGCUCACGCAACGGAGGCGUGGGGCCGCACUACCUGCGCCAGACAGAGGACGUGGCCGAGGUGCUGAACCACUGUGCCAGCGCCAACUGGUCGGAGAGGAAGGAGGGGCUGCUGGGCCUGCAGAACCUCCUGAAGAGCCAGAGGAUGCUCAGCCGCGUGGAGCUGAAGAGACUCUGUGAGAUCUUCACCAGGAUGUUUGCAGACCCUCACAGUAAGAGAGUCUUCAGCAUGUUCCUGGAGACGCUGGUGGACUUCAUCGUGCUGCACAGGGACGACCUGCAGGACUGGCUCUUCGUCCUGCUCACCCAGCUGCUGAAGAAGAUGGGCGCCGACCUCCUGGGCUCCGUCCAGGCCAAAGUCCAGAAGGCUCUGGACAUCACCAGAGACUCGUUCCCGUACGAGCAGCAGUUCAACAUCCUGAUGCGUUUCAUCGUGGAUCAGACGCAGACGCCCAACCUGAAGGUGAAGGUGGCCAUCCUGCGCUACAUCGAGGCUCUGGCUCGACAGAUGGACCCGUCCGACUUCGUGAACUCCAGCGAGACGCGCCUGGCCGUCUCACGCAUCAUCACCUGGACCACCGAGCCCAAGAGCUCCGACGUCCGCAAGGCGGCCCAGGUUGUGUUGAUCGCUCUGUUUGAGUUGAACACUCCUGAGUUCACGAUGCUGCUCGGAGCUCUGCCCAAAACCUUCCAGGACGGGACGACCAAGCUGCUGCACAACCACCUGAGGAGCGCCAGCGCACACAGCGGCAUCUUCAUGGCGUCCCCCAGUAACUCGAUGGGUCGGCCUCCUCCUCGUCAGCCCGGCAGCCGCAGCAGUCCCCUGACCUCGCCCACCAACUGCUCCCACGGAGGACUGUCCCCCAGUCGGUCUUGGGGUUGGAGCGCAGACGGUCUCUCCAAGUUCCCUCCCCCAUCCUUCCCCUCUUCCCCUCUUCCUCCCCCCGCUGCCCACUCCUCCCUCCAGGUCGUGCGGCGAGCUUACUCACCCAGCAUGCUGGAGUACGACAGUGAGAACCUGAACUCGGAGGAGAUCUACAGUUCCCUGCGCGGCGUCACCGAGGCCAUUCAGAACUUCAGCUUCCGCAGCCAAGAGGACGUGAUGGAGCCGCUGCGGCGCGACGGCAAGAGGGACGGCACGGUGAGCGGGGGGGGGGGAUCUUCCGGAGUCGGGGCGUCCUCGGACUCCGACCCCCGGCUCGGUGGCGACCCGCUGGAGGGCGGACGCACGGCGCUGGACAACAAGACGUCGGUGCUGAACACGCCGUCUCCUCGGUCCUUCGCCGGCCCGCGCUUCCGGGACUACAAUCCGUACAACUACACGGACGGCAUCAGCGCGCUGGACAAAGCCGCCCUGAAGGAGGCGCUGUACGAGGACGCCGUGGAGCAGCUGAGAGACGCGGGCCCGGCCGAGCAGCUGGAGCUGGUGGGGGGGCUGCUGAAGGAGCUGUCCCAGGGCCAGGCGGGGGAGCGGGGCCCCGAGGAGCGCCGGCACACGCUGCUGGAGCUGCUGAAGGUGGCCCGGGAGGACAGCCUGGUGGUGUGGGACGAGCACUUCAAGACCAUGCUGCUGCUGCUGCUGGAGACGCUCGGGGACAAAGACCACACCAUCCGAGCCCUGGCGCUCCGGGUCCUGAAGGAGAUCCUGAGGAACCAGGCCCCGCGCUUCAAGAACUACGCCGAGCUGACCAUCAUGAAGACGCUGGAGGCUCACAAGGACUCGCACAAGGAGGUGGUGCGGGCGGCGGAGGAGGCGGCGUCCACGCUGGCGGGCUCCAUCCACCCGGAGCAGUGCAUCAAGGUCCUGUGUCCCAUCGUGCAGACGGCGGACUACCCCAUCAACCUGGCGGCCAUCAAGAUGCAGACCAGAGCCAUCGAGCGCAUCACCAAGGAGCCGCUGCACCAGCUGCUGCCGGACAUCAUCCCCGGCCUCCUGCAGGGCUACGACAACACGGAGAGCAGCGUGAGGAAGGCCAGCGUCUUCUGCCUGGUGGCCAUCUACUCUGUGAUCGGAGAGGAGCUGAAGCCCUACCUGGCUCAGCUGACCGGCAGCAAGAUGAAGCUCCUGAACCUCUACAUCAAACGAGCUCAGACGACCACGAGCAACAGCAGCAGCUCCUCGGACAUCUCGUCCUACUGAUGCUCCACCAGCUGAUCCCACUUCCUGCUCCUCCACCAGCUGAUCCCACUUCCUGCUCCUCCACCAGCUGAUCCCACUUCCUGCUCCUCCACCAGCUGAUCCCACUUCCUGCUCCUCCACCAGCUGAUCCCACUUCCUGCUCCUCAAUCAGCUGAUCCCACUUCCUGCUCCUCCACCAGCUGAUCCCACUUCCUGCUCCUCCACCAGCUGAUCCCACUUCCUGCUCCUCCACCAGCUGAUCCCACUUCCUGCUCCUCCACCAGCUGAUCCCACUUCCUGCUCCUCCACCAGCUGAUCCCACUUCCUGCUCCUCCAGCAGCUGAUCCCACUUCCUGCUCCUCCACCAGCUGAUCCCACUUCCUGCUCCUCAAUCAGCUGAUCCCACUUCCUGCUCCUCCACCAGCUGAUCCCACUUCCUGCUCCUCCAGCAGCUGAUCCCACUUCCUGCUCCUCCACCAGCUGCUCCCACUUCCUGCUCCUCCACCAGCUGAUCCCACUUCCUGCUCCUCCAGCAGCU